CUGCAUCAACCACGUGAGCCGAUCGAACUUCCUCUAUAUGACACUCACUCUCUCACACACACAUUCUUCUCUAACUGUCCCACCAUCUCUAACUGUGGGAUUAUCUAAAGACAGCACUGCGACCAUAUCAUCAGGUGAGCAGCACUAUCGCCAUGCAGAAUGUGUCGAAGCUGCCUCCUCCUCCUCUGGUGCUGCCUAAAGGAGCCGUAUCCAUGAGGAUGAAAAGCUCCACAGGUAGCGGUGAGCGUCUGAGUCAAACCAAAUCCAUGGUCAUACCGGACCUGGACGCAGCACAGAAACCACUUAACCGACAUCGCAGGAAUCAGUCCCAGCACAACAGCAGUCAAGGUGUACAGCAGUUUCAGCCUUCUUUGCAUGGAGUUUAUCUGAACAAAACCAAGAUCGCUGAAGGAGGAAAAAAAUUUAAGAAAAACUGGAAUUUAGUUUGGGUCGUCCUCUCAUCAAAUGAGCUGCACUUUUACAAGGAGAGCAAGCAAGAAGCAAUGGCCAGUUUGAAACCAGGACUUAAACCGGAAGGAGUGGACCUCUGCGGCGCCGUUGUAGACUGGACAACUGAGAAGUCGAGUCGGAAGAACGUGUUUCAGAUAAUCACAAGGUCAGGUGAGGAGCUGCUUCUGCAAUCAGACGACUACCCUACCAUCAGUAAAUGGCAUGAUGCCAUCAAAAAAAUAGCAGACAAAUUGUCCAGUGCAAGCACGGGGACCGGCGGGGGAAAGGCCACAUUACAUAGGUCCAGCAGCACAGAGUGUCUGGCCAGACGAUCCCAUGACUCAACAAAAUCCAAAGCCAAAGAGCCGAAAUCAGAGAACAGACGAUCUCUCAUGUUCAAGCUGAACUACAGUGCCUCAGACAGCGCAGAUAAGAAUGGCGUGAAGAAUCGCCUCAAGAAGUUCAUCUCCAGAAGGCCCUCCAUGAAAACACUACAGGAGAAAGGCCUCAUUAAAGAUUGCGUCUUUGGAUGUCACAUGUUGAAUUUGUGCCAGCGUGAAGGGACCACGGUUCCCAGAUUUGUCCAGCUGUGUGUCAAGGAAGUGGAAAAACGAGGUCUUGAGGUUGAUGGGAUAUACAGGGUGAGUGCCAACCUGGCCACAGUUCAGAAACUACGCUUCCUAGUUGACCAAGAGGAGGAGCUGAAUUUGGGUGACAGCCAAUGGGAGGACAUUCAUGUCAUCACUGGUGCGCUGAAGCUGUUUUUCCGCGAACUGCCAGAGCCUCUGUUUCCCUUUCGCUUUUUCGAUAUGUUCGUCGAGGCCAUAAAAAAUAAGGAACAAAAGCAGAAGGUGCAGGCUCUGAAGAAGCUGGUCCAUCAACUCCCUAAACCCAACCAAAACACCAUGAAACUGUUGUUCCAUCACCUGCAGAGAGUUUUGACAAAGUCACAGCAAAACCUCAUGUCGAGCCAAGGCAUCAGCAUCGUUUUUGGACCGACCCUCAUGUGGCCAGAGCUGGAUGCAGGAAACAUGGCAGUCAACAUGCUGUACCAGAACCAGAUUGUGGAAUUCAUGCUCAUCGAAUGUGUGGAGAUCUUUGGACCAGAGUCCAAGUAACAAGUGUUUAAAUCUUAAAGA